AUGUUGCGAUCCAAAACUUACCUCAAACGAACGAAAAAAGGAAUCGUGAAAGCUGUGCAGGAACAUUACCUACGUGAUGAUAUAUGGUGUUCUGUCGAGUUCUGCUCAAUAUGUGCUCAUACUCAACCAAUUUUAAGCGCGAACCCAGCGACGACAGUCCUCGUUCCUACACCUCAUUAUCUUGUUCCCGAUACGAAUGUAUUCUUUAAUCAGAUUGACCUGAUUGAGCAUCCUGCUUUGAAAGACGUUAUCGUGAUGCAGACAGUGUAUGAGGAGUUAAGACAUUUGAAUCUGACAAUUUAUAAUAGACUGAAAAAAGUCAUUGAAGAUCCGCAACGCCGGUUUUAUGUAUUUUCCAAUGAACAUCAUCGCAAAACUUAUGUAGAGCGUUUGAAACAAGAAUCUCCUAAUGACAGAAAUGAUAGAGCUAUACGAGAGGCUAUUAAAUGGUAUACAAGUCAUCUUCAAGACUCAUCCACGAAUGAUCAUAAAGUCGUACUUCUAUCUGACGAUGCUGCUAACCUAAAGAAGGCGAAAUCGGAAGGCUUACUUGCAUACUCUGUUGAAAAGUACGUUGAAUCGAUUACAGAAACGCCUGAACUAGUUAAUAUGCUCAGAAACAUGUCCGUCUCUGAUGAUUCUGAAAAGAAGGUUACAUAUGAUGAGUAUCUUAGUUCUGCGCAGAUUGCAAAUGGACUAAAGAAUGGUACCUUAUACCAAGGAACUCUCAGUAUCAGUAUGCACAAUUAUCUGGAGGGCUCUAUUGCACCAGUCAUUGAUGGACAGGAAAAUCAGAUUAUGAUAAUAAAUCGCGAUAGGAUGAAUCGUGCCAUCCAAGGGGACGUGGUUGCUGUGCAGCUUCUUCCCAGAUCAGAAUGGCGCAGAACGCCAUCAGCUGUCAUUGUGGAAGAAGACGAGGAAAACGCUAUUCUUCAGGAUUUAAAUGAAGCUGAGAUCUCUCUCGACCAGACUAGUAAUACAGAUUUCGGAGAGCUCCAACCAACUGGUGCUGCUGGGGACAAAACAACCGAGACCGAGGUGUUACUUCUCGAGCACGAUGUUCCUUUUCAAGAUUUUUCGACACAAGUGUUGUCUUGUCUGCCUUCUGAGGGGGAAUCAUGGAAAGUAACAAAUGAAUAUCAGCAUAGGAUGGACUUCAGAAAUUUGAAUGUUUCAAGCAUCGACCCGCCUGGUUGCGAGGACAUCGAUGAUGCCUUGCACGUGCGUAUUCUACCAAAUGGGAAUUAUGAAGUUGGUGUUCAUAUUGCAGACGUUACGCAUUUUGUGAAGCCUGGUACCUCAUUGGAUGAAGAGGCAGCGGUUCGGGGAACGACUGUUUAUCUAGUCAAUAAACGUGUGGAUAUGCUGCCAGCCUUGCUUGGAAGUACGGGUGUUGAGAGAUUAGCGUUUUCGUGUAUGUGGGAGUUAAAUGAUGAUGCAGACGUUGUUAAGACCCAAUUCGCAAAAAGCGUAAUAAUUUCAAAAGCUGCAUUGACAUACGAGGAGGCUCAACGGCGAAUAGAUGAUUUGCACAUGCAAGACGAUUUGACCAAAGGCUUGCGCAUACUAAAUCAACUUGCCAAAAAACUUCGGGGAAAACGUAUCGAACGAGGAGCUUUGACUCUUGCCAGUCCAGAGGUUCGAUUCAAGUUAGAGAAUGAUUCUCAAGAUCCCCUUGACGUUGAAGUAUCCUUAGCAGCCGAAGAAAUGAAAGAAUUACGCGAAACCAAUGCGCUAGUGGAAGAGUUUAUGUUACUAGCCAAUAUAUCUGUUGCCGAGGAGAUUUUUAGGAAGUUUCCAGCUUCAUCUUUACUGAGGAAACAUCCUCCUCCGACUUCAUCGAAAUUAGAAAAAUUGUCGAAAGCCAUAGAUGAAUUCGGAUUAACGCUUCAGUAUGAUUCCUCAAAAGCUCUUGCAGAAUCCUUGGAUAAAGCUGUUAUUCCGCAAGAACCUUAUUUCAACACGCUUUUAAGGAUUCUCACUACUCGAUGUAUGAUGCAAGCAACAUAUUUUUGUUCCGGCAGUAUACCUCAGAAGGAGUUUAUGCACUAUGGUCUCGCUACUCAAAUAUAUACCCAUUUUACAUCUCCUAUUAGAAGAUACUCGGAUAUAGUGGUUCAUAGACUGUUAGAGGCAUGUAUUGAUGAGAACUUAUCAUACGGAAGUGAAUUAACGGACAUUAAAAAGAUAACUCAAUUAUGUGAAGUUUUGAAUUAUCGUCACAGGAUGGCUCAACAGGCCGCUCGAAGUUCAGUAGAGUUGCAUACACACCUGUUUUUUAAAAACAGGAAAGAAAAGAAUGAGGGCUUUGUCACACGCACAUUGAAGAAUGGAUUUAUUGCUUUAAUUCCACGGUUAGUACUGAUGAUAUUCCAUCAAGAUUUAAGCGACUCUACUGAAAAUAUUCUUAAAUUUAUUAGUUAUGGAAUAGAGGGUAUUGUUUUAGCUGCUCAAAAGCCAGGCCUGAUAUCUCCAGUUGUGUACAAUACACGCACAAAUAGUCUUGACUCAACGUCUAGCUCAACGAAAAUCAAGUUAUUUGACAAAGUUUUGGUUCAAAUAAGUGUAGAUGAAGAUCUUGUCGGGGAAGGAGCAGGAGGCAUGAGACAGAAACUGAGAAUAGAACUAGUUGAGCCUUUUAUAUUUGGUUUUAGUGUAUCGGUAAGCGAGGAGAAUAAUAGUGUAAGACGAUCCGAUGAAGAGAUUGGUAUUCAAGUAAAGCGAAUGAAGAUGGACUAG